AGUUUGAUAUAGUAACCCUCAGACGGAAGUUGUUUAAAUUAAUUAAGAAAAUAAAACUACUACAAUGAAAUCUGUAAUUUGUUUCGUGUUAUUGGCUGUUGUCAGUGUGACGCUCUGUGAUACCGUUCCACAUUCACGGGGGUGUAUAUACAUUAUGGGACGGUGUGACAGAGAAUGUGAGGAGGGUACUCAAGCUUAUGCUCUUGGAUGUGGUUAUUUGACAAAGGAGGCGACAUGCGAUGAACCAAAUCCCCAACCAGACACGCGUGGGAAGAUUUGUGACUUUUCUGCUUGCUACUGCGCUCCUCCGACUGUCAGGGAUACUGUAACCAAGAAAUGUGUCCCACUUGAAGAAUGCACCAAAAAGGAAUAAUUUGAAACUUACAAGAACGCGACUUUUUGAAUUACACAGCAUUUUAAUAAAAUGAAGCAUUUAUAACGUCAUCUAUAUCUAAGUUGUUAUACGUCACAUUAUAUUUCAGUCUAUCUUUUUUAUCAUGAACUAAGUUUUUUAUUUUAGGUUGGGUGAUAAACGAGCACACAGUCCUUGUGAUGGUUUAUAAAUGUUGUGGUCGAUUGACGCCUACAUCUUCGAUAAAUAACCAAACAGCGGAUGCGUUGUCAUAACCCUAUUCAAAUUAAGAUGGAAUGACUCGUUAUGAGAAAACGGAGAACCUGUCCGGUUCUCGCCACACAUUUCACGAAACACAGCAGCGUAUUGCUGCUAUUUAACGUUGUGGAGAACGAGUUUUUUCGCGAUUGAAACUAGCCAUUAGUAAUAUAUCCACAGUGCCUGUAGUGACUCUGAGUACAACGUUAAAAUUAUAUGCACUCAUUCCUGUUCGUGCUUAAUCGUAUUCAGCAAAAUCAUGUUUGAUAUUGUAACAAAGUGAUAGGCAGCAGCGUAUUGCCAAUAACAAACAAUAAUAUCAAAAAACUGAAACUGUCAACCAGUCUGCCAAGCGGGUAACUAUUGCCAAUGUCCUCAGGAAUAUCGGGCAAUCUAAGGAAAAUGCCUAUGUUCAACAGUGGACUCUUGAUAACUUGCGAAGGUAAGGGUAUGCUAGUUAUUGCCACAUAAGUCCGAUACCUCUUACUUAACAUAAUCAUCAUCCUCAUCGUCAUUAACCCGUGGCAGUCUACUUUCGAGGUAAUGCAGUACUUUUUUAUUUUUUUAUAAAUUCAUUUUCAAACCAAAUAAAAGAAACGCUUAGACACGUGAGAACACAAGAAGAUCGCAUAUAAAGCUACAAAUAUAUUUUCGUAACCGAAUUUAGUUUUGCAAAUUUAAUCACGCUUGCUAAGAAAAUAUUUCAGAGAGACGCAAUAAAACUUUGACCCUUCGAUAUCCACGCUGUAGGCUAUGAGCUCUGACGUAUGUACGAGAUGGCCAAAUACGCCUUUAUAACCUUUUACGUCAUUUUAUCGUCGAACCUUCUGAGAAAUACGCGCUAUUUUUCAACGAAAAAAGGCAUUAUUGACAUUCGCAUUAUUUAUAACAUACGCUCAUAUUUCCUAAAUGAAAUUGAAGUGACAAACGCAAAAUAAUAAACGUGGCAGAGCCAUGCCCAAUUGUGCAAUGCUAUUAUUUUAUUCUUUAUAGUUCUUUAAUAUCGGCUUUUACUUUUUAUUAAAAGUUAUUAUUACCCUUUUGAGUGUCUUCAAAAUUUUACGUAGCGAUGAUUUUGCGUAACAUACAUACAAAAACAUUCAGCCGAUUUGUAAACCUCCUUUUUUAAAGUCGGCUAAAAGCUGAUGGAUUCUCUUACGAAGCCAUUAUACUGCAUUUUGAAACAAAUUAUUUAUAAAGAUAGAAAUAUUUUUUAAUUUUUUUUAAAUAAAUAAUUCAAAAGCAAAUGCAAUGCGUUUGACUUUUGUUAGUAGUCCCGAACGAAGGCUGAAUUGGAAGAAAAGUUUUUCUUCAUCGCGAUAAAUUAAAGUCAUUCUAUUCAUACUUUGUGAAAUCGAAACUACAAAGUUUUGUUAUUAAUGGGCCUUUUGAAGUUAUUAAUGUAAAUAUUUAAAGAGACUAUAAAUCACUUUUUUAUAGUUUAAUCGUUUUAUAUACCACUUUAACAUUACACUAUAAAACACUUUAGUGUUUUAUAAGGUAAUGUUUUAUUCAUGGCAGAGCUACGUUGCAGCUGUAUUAUGGUCGUAUACGUGGUAGCACCACGCUACAGCUUUAUUAUAAUUGUAGUGUGGCCGGUGGAAGGAAAAGGGGAGAUCUCCCGCCGGGCAAGGUGUUCUGCCCGGGGAGCGGCCAACGCUCCGAGUGGUAGUUCGGAGCUAUUCUAUAUAUACUGCUUUAACUUCGGAACUUUGUUAGCGCGAUUUAGGCUUCUAUAUGAUUCGCUUGUGGCGCAACGACAGCGCCGCCACAGUAGCGCGAAUGGGUUGGUUCGACCGAGGGACUUAUUUUUAACAGAAUACCAGCCUAACAUAUUAGCUUCAUGCUGUUGUUUCGUAUAGUGAGUGUAGAGAACCGGUGACCCUUUUUCUUAGAAACGAGGCAUUCCAUUUAGGCUCAACGCAACUGUAUUUUGAUUCUUAAUCGAGAAAAGAUGUUCAUUAAAACCAUAAUCUAGCUGCAGCGUGACUACAACAUUAAAAGUUUUCCUUUACUAUGCUCCGUCGAACUCGUUAAACUCUAUCGACACUCACUCGUCACGCUUGGCAAGUGGAGUCACGAUCGCGGUAGGAGUCCUCACGCACGUUUCCCGCUGCUGCCCGGCGCCGGUCAGGAUAUUGCCCUUAUUUGUAAACAUCAGUUCUUUGCGCAAAAUGGUAUUCUGGAAUAAAUCGCUUCCACAGCGAUAAGACCACCUAUUGUACUUUCUAUAUGAUUUAUUUCUCUUUGUUUUUGUUUUAAUGUGUAUUGGUGUACAAUAAAUAAUAUAUUUAUUG